CGUCACCUUAGGGUUCCUAUAAAUAGCAGAUUCUUCGACCUAAAAACUCCUCUGAUUGCUUAGGCCGUCUCCGCAUUUCUCUUUCCCUCAGUCUACUUCAGGACUUGGCUUUCGAGAUGGCUUUUGCGAAAGCUCAAAAGACGAAAGCGUACUUCAAACGAUACCAGGUCAAGUUCAGGAGAAGAAGAGAUGGUAAGACUGAUUACCGUGCUAGGAUUCGCCUCAUUAAUCAAGACAAGAACAAGUACAACACUCCCAAAUACCGUUUUGUUAUCAGAUUUUCUAAUAAGGAUAUUACAGCACAAAUACUAUCUUCUAGUAUUGCUGGUGACAUGGUUCUUGCUUCAGCUUAUUCUCAUGAGCUGCCUCAUUACGGUCUUGAAGUUGGUCUAACAAAUUAUGCAGCAGCCUACUGCACCGGACUUCUCUUGGCUCGCCGUGUCUUGAAGAAGCUUGAGAUGGAUGAUGAGUACGAGGGUAAUCUUGAGGUUACCGGAGAGGAUUACUCUGUGGAACCCACAGAUAGCCGAAGGCCUUUCAGAGCCCUCCUUGAUGUAGGUUUAGUCCGAACAACAACAGGAAAUCGUGUUUUUGGUGCCCUCAAGGGAGCUUUAGAUGGUGGAUUGGAUGUACCACACUCUGUCAAGAGGUUUGCUGGAUUUUCAAAGGACAGCAAGGAGCUCGAUGCCGAAGUUCAUCGCAAAUACAUAUUUGGAGGUCACGUUGCUGCCUAUAUGAGGACCUUGAUGGAGGAUGAACCAGAGAAGUACCAAUCGCAAUUCAGUGAAUAUAUCAAGAAGGGGAUAGACGCCGACAACAUUGAGGAGUUGUUGAAAAAAGUUCACUCUGCCAUCCGUUCAGAACCCUUGGUGAAGAAGGUUGAGAAGCAACCACCAAAGAAGCACAAGAGGUAUAACUUGAAGAAGCUCACGUAUGAAGAAAGGAAGGCCAAGUUGGUUGAGCGUUUGAAUGCGUUGAAUUCUGCUGCUGGAGCUGACGACGACGAAGACGAUGAAGAGUGAUUCAACCCGACACAAACUGUAUUUCUACCAAUUCUAUCAUUACAAACUCCUCAGUUUAAGUGAAAAGAUCUAUAGAUUAUUUUUUGAGUCUCCCCGAGGCAAUUUUGCAGCAUUGUUUAAGCGUUUAGUGUUCUAGUUUUAGAUUGGCAAUGAAGAUGUUAACUUGGUUGUGUGUUUAUUUAUGCCAAUUGCAUCUUUUAUUUUCA